AUGCUUCUCCAUAGAAAAUCCAUGAAUUUGGCCGAGUUGGCUCUAAUUCAAUGCCUGUCUCCAUCGAGAGUUCCCGGAUAUGCUGGGAAUCCUCUCAAGGAUGGAGGUGGUCGUCUAAGAACUGCUGGGUCCAGGGGCAGCAUCCAAUGUCUGGCUCGGUCUUCAUCGAAUGUUAGACUGGUUCAAAGCUGUUCAAUGAUGGCUGAAUCAAUGCCAUCAGGCUUUCUAGAAUGUAAGGGUUCGAAAAGUCAGUUCAAGGGCUCAAAUCCUGAUAUUCUAUGCUUGAGGAAUGUCUUUGUGGAUGAUAUGCUAGCAGAAAACAAAUUGAUAUGUCAGUAUAAAACCUAA